AUGACGCACAAAAACUCUCAGUUCUCAGGGCCACCACCUAGCUACGAAGAAGCAUCAAAAAGGCAGGGUGACCCACCUCCAUACCACAACUGGCAAGAAGCCGUCCCCGACACCUCCACCUUCCCCCCACCCCCAGUAUCAGGGUUCUACAGCUCAGGCACGGGAAAUGCAUCAACAGACGACGCAGACCGCGCCCACGCAUUCUGUAACACAAACCCACUCUACAUUCCCACCAGGCCCUCCCAGCCCGUCUACAACGCCGUCCAGAAUCACGACCUACGCCCUGUCCGAGCCAGGGAGUACAUCGGGGAUCUACGCACAACCAGCCUAGGAAGAUGGCAAGGUCACACAAUCGACCGAAACGGUGAUUGCCUUAUCUUUACACAUCUUCCUCUUUACUUUGCCGCCGAGGACUCGCCUUUCCUCCGCCAACACAAAACAAUUUACUUUGAGGUGAAACUACUCUCUCGCCGGGCUAGUCCCGGUAACGAAAGUGGGUUCUCUAUCGGAUUCGCGGCUCAGCCUUAUCCCUCUUGGCGAUCACCUGGGUGGGAGCGGGGAAGUCUGGGGGUGCUCUCGGAUGAUGGGUGUCGGUUCGUGAAUGACUCGUGGGGCGGGCGGCCGUUUACAUCUCCUGUUAAUGCAGGUGAGACAGUUGGGCUUGGUAUGGUGUUUUCCCUUCCUGGGUCUAGCGGGGAUGCCCAACAGGGCUGGAAGUGUAAGGUGGAGGUGUUUUUUACUCGGAAUGGACAUCCGGCCGGAGGGUGGGACUUGCAUGAGGAGGUGGAUGAAGAUUAUGGGGGGGCCGAUGGGUUGCAAGGGGAUUAUGAUGUAUAUGGGGCUAUUGGGCUGUUUGGUGGCGUCGACUUUGAAUGCUGCUUUCACCCUGCAGGUUGGCUCUGGAAGCCUUAG